GGCACCCGAGGCAGCGGAUCGGCAGCGGAGGCGCGAGGGCGCAAGGGGCCCGCUGAGCCGCCCGCACCCAUGGUGCCCACCGCCUUCUGGGCCGCGCUGGCCGUCGGACUGCAGCUCUGGGACGCAGGGCGCGCCGUGCCCGCCAAGGCUGUGUUUAUCCCCUAUGUCCCGGAGCCCGGAAGCUCGUGCCGGCUGCAAGAAUACUACGACACAAAGGUCCAGAUGUGCUGCAGCAAGUGUCCACCAGGCUACCACGUACAUUCCUUAUGCAACAAGACCUCAGACACCGUGUGUGACUCCUGCGAGAGCAGCACAUACACCCGGCUCUGGAACUUGGUCCCCGCGUGCUUUAGCUGUAACUCCCGCUGCAGCUCUGACCAGUUGGAAACUCAAGCCUGCACAACAAAACAGAACCGCAUCUGCACCUGCAAGCCGGGCUGGUACUGCACCCUGGGAAGACAGGAGGGGUGCCGGCUGUGCGUGCCACUGCGCAAAUGUGGCCCUGGCUUCGGCGUGGCCAGACCGGGAACUGCAACAUCAAAUGUGGCGUGCGCUCCCUGUGCCCCAGGGACGUUCUCCAACACAAUGUCAUCCACGGACACUUGCAGGCCCCACCGGAUCUGUAGCUCGGUGGCCGUCCGUGGCACCUCAGAGAUGGAUGCAGUCUGCACGUCUGUGCUCCCCACCCUGAAAGGGACCCCGGGCCCAGCCCUCACAAGAUCCCAACACGUGGAGCCGACUCCAGGGCCCAGCACGGCUCCAAGCACCUCCGUCCGGCUCACGAUGGUCCCAGGUCCUCCAAGUUACCCAGUUGAAGGGCGCAACACAGCAAACAUCUCUUUUCCCAUUGGACUGAUUGUAGGUGUGACAGCAUUGGGUCUGCUAGUAAUAGUCCUGGUGAACUGUGUCAUCAUGACCCAGAAAAAAAAGAAGCCCUUCUGCCUGCACGGAGACGCCAAGGUGCCGCAUCUGCCAGCUGACAAGGCUCGAAGUGCCCCAGGCCUCGAGCAGCAGCACCUGCUGACCACGGCGCCAAGCUCCAGCAGCAGUUCCCUGGAGAGCUCGGCCAGCGCCACGGACAGGAGGGCGCCCUCCAGGCCCCAGCUGCAGGCGCCGGGCGUGGAGAAGGCCGGCGGGUCUGGGGAGGCCCCGGCCAGCUGCGGCAGCUCAGCAGAGGCAUCGUCUGGUGGCCACGGGACCCAGGUCAAUGUCACCUGCAUCGUCAACGUUUGCAGCAGCUCUGACCACAGCUCUCAAUGCCCCUCCCAGGCCAGCUCCACGAGGGACACAGACACCAGCCCCUCCGGCUCCCCGAAAGAUGAGCAGGUCCCCUUCUCCAAGGAGGAAUGCCCUUUCCAGUCCCAGCCGGGGGCUCCAGAGACUCUGCUGCAGAGCCCAGAGGAGAAGCCCCUGCCCCUCGGUGUGCCUGAUGCCGGGAUGAAGCCCAGCUAACCAGUCUGGCGUGGGCUGUGUCACAGCCAGGGUGGGACCAACCCCUGGUCUUUCUAGGCCCCUCCCCCGCAGGACUCUGACUCUUUCUGGGCCAAAUUCCUUUAGCGGCUUCCACGGCCUCAGCCUUCCUCUCACCUGCAGGCAGAACGAGGCAGGGAGAGUCAUGGUGUGUCCUGUCAUGGUGUGUGUCUCUCUUGAAAGGCUGGUGGACACGGAGGUGCUGGGCAGCCUGGGACAAAUCCCCUGCCUCUCUGAGAGCUGCCCCCUCCAGCCGGUCCUGCAUGCUUGGUUCCUGGAGCCCUUGUCAUUUUUGGUUUUUAUUUUUCUUUUAACCCCUGGGCUCUACCCGGCUCUGGCUUCCUGCUGGGGAGGAGGGAUGCUGCAUGCAUCAUCCUUGGAGAAGGGGCAGUGGGGAAAGAGCAGGGCUGUAGCCUGAAUGUGAGACUGCAGGAUGGUCCCAGUGGGGGUAGUAGGGGUGGGUGUCAUCAAUCAGAUGGUUCUGUGCAGGGAGCGGGUGGCAACCCCUGUAGGGGACAGGAGUCCCCCAGGUUAGCUCAGGACUUUUGGAAGCACCACCUCCAAAUCCACUCCUGCUAGCUCCAUCUUGUACCAUGGGGUGAAAACCAGAUUCCCAGAGCGCCCAGGCGGGCAGCCUGAAUGAGGGCUGUGACCUGGUUAAGAUGGCAAACCUCUAACCGGAAAUCUUCUAGUUUUAACAUGUGGCAAUUAAAAAAA